CACCGCCUCCUCCAUUAUGGCGGAAGGGCAAGCCGUGCGGAUGGGCCGUCUCUCCCUCUCUGAUGCUUGUUUUGUGUCUUGAGGGAGGGGUUUUAUUUUUGUUUUUUUCAAAAUCUCUCCGCGACAGCCCAAUUAGUUUUUCCCCUCACAUUGAUAGACUGUUCUCGUGUUUUUCGGCGAAGUCAUGGCGGACCGCGGCGUGGAUUUGUCCGCCCUGCCGAAGGAGGUUCGAGACCAGUUGGCGGAGUUGGACCUGGAGCUGUCUGAAGGUGACAUCACCCAGAAGGGCUAUGAGAAGAAGAGAGCCAAGCUGCUGGCCUCCUACAUCCCUCUGCUGCCAAAAGCGGACCUUUCUCUGCCAGAUGUACAGCCUUCCCCAAGCCACAGUGCCGACCCCAGCCCGAGUCCCGAGGCCCCGGGCCCCUCCACGUCUUCAGCCUCCAGACACCAUCGUGCACAUCGCAGUGGAGGGGCCAGGGAUGAGCGCUACCGAUCAGACAUCCACACGGAAGCUGUGCAGGCAGCUCUGGCCAAACACAGAGAAGAGAAGAUGGCACUGCCUAUGCCGACCAAGAGGCGCUCGUACUUUGUCCAGUCUCCCAUAGAUAACUGCACACCUCCAGACACAUCCUCUGCAUCAGAGGAUGAAGGCUCGCUGCGCAGAAAGGCAGCGCUCAGCGCCGUGCUCGCCCAGACCCUCCAGAGCCCCGAUUACUGGAUCAACCGCUCCGUCCAAAGCUCUUCCACAUCCUCGUCUGCUUCCUCCACCCUCUCCCAUGGAGAGCCCAAGGCACAGCCUCUGCCCCAGCUUCAGCCUGGGGCCUCGGUGCUGGCUGACGUCCUGGCCCACACACGCAUAGAAAACAGCGUCCCCCCAGAUGUGACUUCCUCCACUCCACAGGAAAGAGGGUCCAGAGUGGACCUUCCUCCAGCUAUCAGGGGCAUGAGCCGCGGGCAGAGCCGCUCCAGCAUGCUGGACACCGCUGACGGAAAAAGAAAAGGCGUGCCGGUCAGCAGCCGGGUGUCCACCAAGAUCCAGCAGCUGUUGAACACACUCAAGCGACCCAAACGGCCCCCGCUCAGCGAAUUCUUCCUCGACGACACGGAGGAGAUUGUAGAAGUUCCACGGCCAGAUCCCAACACCCCGAAGCCCGAGGGACGUCAGAUCAUCCCAGUGAAGGGGGAGCCUCUGGGCGUGGUCAGCAACUGGCCUCCUGCCCUGCAGGCCGCUCUGGCCCGUUGGGGGGCCACCCAGGCUAAGAGCCCUGCCCUCACUGCCCUGGAUAUCACCGGCAAGCCCCUCUACACGCUCACAUAUGGCAAACUGUGGAGUCGCAGUUUAAAGCUGGCCUAUACGCUACUGAAUAAACUGGGGACUAAGACUGAGCCCGUCCUACAACCUGGAGAUCGAGUGGCGUUGGUGUAUCCAAACAGUGACCCAGGAAUGUUCUGGGUGGCUUUUUAUGGCUGUCUGUUGGCGGAAGUCAUUCCUGUCCCCAUCGAGGUACCGCUGUCACGUCAGGAUGCAGGCAGCCAGCAGAUUGGCUUCCUGCUGGGCAGCUGUGGUGUGAGUUUGGCGCUGACCAGCGAGGUGUGCCUCAAAGGGCUGCCCAAGACGCAAAAUGGGGAGAUCGUCCAGUUCAAAGGAUGGCCAAGGAUGAGAUGGGUUGUCACGGACACAAAGUACCUAACCAAACCAUCCAAAGACUGGCAGCCGCACAUUCCCACUGCCAACACUGACACAGCCUACAUAGAGUAUAAAGCGAGUAAGGAGGGAACAGUGAUGGGAGUGGCCGUUUCCAAGAUAGCAAUGCUGACGCAUUGUCAAGCCCUGACUCAGGCCUGUAACUACUGUGAAGGAGAGACGCUGGUCAAUGUGCUGGACUGCAAGAAGGACAUGGGCCUGUGGCACGGCGUCUUAACGAGCGUUAUGAACAGAAUUCACACCAUCGCGGUGCCGUACGCCGUCAUGAAAGCCUGUCCCAUGUCCUGGGUGCAGAGGGUUCACACCCACAAAGCCCGUGUGGCCUUGGUGAAAUGCAGAGACCUUCACUGGGCCAUGAUGGCUCACAAGGAUCAGAAGGACAUCAACUUGUCAUCGAUACGAAUGCUUAUAGUGGCUGAUGGGGCGAAUCCAUGGUCUGUGUCGUCGUGCGACGCCUUCCUGAACGUGUUCCAGUCUUAUGGUCUGAGGCCGGAGGUCAUCUGUCCAUGUGCCACGUCCCCUGAGGCCCUGACUGUCGCCAUACGCAGACCGGGCGCUCGUGGAGCUCCUCUCCCAGCCAGAGCCAUCCUGUCCAUGGGUGGGCUGAGCCACGGCGUCAUCAGAGUCAACACGGAGGACAAGAACUCUGCGCUGACUGUGCAGGACGUCGGCCACAUUAUGCCCGGAGCUCUGAUGUGCAUUGUGAAACCAGACGGGCCGCCGCAACUGUGCAAAACAGAUGAGAUUGGAGAGAUAGUGAUCAACUCUCGGGCCGGAGGAACGAUGUACUACGGCCUUCCUGGCGUCACGAAGAACACAUUCGAGGUGAUCCCUGUCAACCAGGCUGGCGCACCCAUUGGAGAAAUUCCCUUUGCUCGGACUGGUUUACUUGGAUUUGUGGGGCCGGGGAGUCUUGUGUUCGUUGUGGGGAAGAUUGAGGGACUCCUGAUGGUGAGCGGGCGACGGCACAACGCUGACGACCUGGUGGCCACCGCCUUGGCAGUGGAGCCUGUUAAAACAGUUUACAGGGGGAGGAUCGCUGUGUUCUCGGUGACGGUGUUUUAUGACGAGAGGAUAGUGAUUGUGGCAGAGCAGAGACCUGAUGCCAGUGAGGAAGACAGCUUCCAGUGGAUGAGUCGAGUGCUGCAGGCCAUCGACAGCAUCCACCAGGUCGGCCUUUACUGCCUGGCUCUGGUGCCGGCCAACACCCUCCCGAAGACACCGUUGGGAGGCAUCCACAUCUGUGAAACCAAGCAGAGUUUUCUGGAUGGCAACCUGCAUCCCUGCAACAUCCUCAUGUGCCCACAUACGUGUGUAACCAACAUGCCCAAACCACGGCAGAAGCAGCCAGUGGACGUUGGUCCUGCUUCCAUGCUUGUUGGCAACCUGGUGGCAGGGAAGCGGAUUGCUCAGGCCACGGGCAGAGAGCUGGGUGUGGUGGAGGAUCAGGACCUCAUUCGAAAGCACCAGUUCCUGUCAGAAGCUCUGCAGUGGAGAGCCCAAACCGACCCCGAUCAUGUUCUCUAUGUGCUGCUCAACUCCAAGGGUGUCCCAGUGUGCACAGCAACAUGCGCACAGCUACACAAGAGAGCAGAGAAGAUCACAGCCACUCUCAUGGAAAAAGGAGGCCUCAACACGGGCGAUAAUGUGGUGCUGCUUUACCCCCCAGGCAUCGACCUGAUCGCUGCCUUCUACGGCUGCCUCUACGCGGGGGUGAUCCCUGUGACGGUGAGGCCGCCUCACCCCCAGAACCUGGCUGCUACUCUCCCCACAGUCCGCAUGAUCAUCGAUGUGAGCAAAGCGGCCUGCAUCCUCACCACUCAGCCUCUCAUGAGGAUCCUCAGGUCCAGGGAGGCUGCCGCAAGCGUCAACGUCAAAACGUGGCCAACGAUCAUCGAUACAGAUGAUCUUCCCAGGAAGCGGCCUCCAAACAUCUACAAACCUCCUACAGCUGAGAUGCUGGCCUACUUGGACUUCAGUGUGUCUACCACCGGCAUGUUGACUGGAGUUAAGAUGUCCCAUGCGGCCGUCAGCACUCUUUGCCGCUCCAUUAAGCUGCAGUGUGAGCUUUACUCCUCACGCCAAAUAGCCAUCUGCCUGGACCCGUACUGCGGCCUGGGCUUCGUCCUGUGGUGCCUCUCCAGUGUUUACUCAGGUCACCAGUCUAUCCUUAUUCCUCCGCUGGAGCUGGAGACCUCGCUGCCUCUGUGGCUGAGCACGCUCAGUCAGUACAAGAUCAGAGACACCUUCUGCUCCUACUCUGUCAUGGAGCUGUGCACCAAAGGCCUGGGCACGCAGACGGAGGUGCUGAAGACGCGGGGUCUGAACCUGUCCUGUGUGCGGAGCUGUGUGGUCGUGGCUGAGGAGCGCCCUCGGCUCGCCCUCUCGCAGUCCUUCUCCAAGCUCUUCAAAGAUCUGGGCCUGUCGCCUCGCGCCGUCAGCACCGCCUUCGGCUCCAGGGUGAACCUGGCCAUCGGCCUGCAGGGGACCUCUGGACCAGAUCCCUCCACUGUUUAUGUUGAUAUGAAGUCCCUGCGUCACGACAGGGUGAGACUGGUUGAAAAAGGAGCGCCACAGAGUCUUCCACUCAUGGAGUCUGGCACUAUUCUGCCAGGAGUCAGAGUCAUCAUCGUUAACCCAGAGACCAGGGGCCCGCUGGGAGACUCGCAUCUUGGAGAGAUUUGGGUGAACUCCCCUCACAGCGCCAGCGGCUACUACACCAUCUACGGAGAGGAGAGCCUGCAGGCGGAUCAUUUCAACACCAAACUCAGCUUUGGGGAUCCCCAGACUCUCUGGGCCAGGACGGGAUACUUGGGCUUCAUCAAGAGAACCGAGCUGCUGGACGCCAGCGGAGAUCGCCAUGAUGCCUUGUUUGUCGUGGGCUCUCUGGAUGAAACUUUGGAGUUGAGGGGACUGCGUUAUCACCCCAUCGACAUCGAGACGUCCGUGUCCCGAGCUCACCGCAGCAUCGCAGAGAGCGCCGUGUUUACGUGGACCAACCUACUGGUGGUGGUGGCGGAGCUCAGCGGCUCCGAGCAGGAGGCCUUAGACCUGGUGCCGCUCGUCACCAACGUGGUCCUGGAGGAGCACCACCUCAUCGUCGGGGUGGUGGUCAUCGUGGACCCCGGGGUGAUCCCCAUCAACUCCAGGGGGGAGAAGCAGAGGAUGCAUCUGAGGGACUCCUUCCUAGCGGACCAACUGGACCCCAUCUACGUGGCCUACAACAUGUGAAACACCUUUCAGAAACUGAUGCACAAAACUGAGCCAGGGCCGGAGAAGACCCGAGGGACCCGAGGGGCGUCAACAGCAGCCCCCCCCCCCCCCACAUGUCAGCUCGCAGACACUUUUAAAAGAGAAAGCAAUGCGGGGAAUGCAAGGAACAGUCCACGUGCUGCAACAGUGAAAUGCUUCCCUUUCAGAAACUGUUCCAGCUUUUUGUUCCACCUGCUCGAUUGCUGCAGCCCAGGUUCACCGAGACUUCUAAGAACGAGGGUGAAAUCUUCUGUCCUCUUUAGAGGAAACACGUCGUUCACUUUGAAGAAAUUUGAUCUUCAUCUGCUGUCUGAAGCCCAUUUCUCCCUCAGCAUUCCUAAUCAUGUUUUUUAAGCAUUUUUAAAAACAUUCUCCCCUCGAAGACAGGAGACGCUCAAAUCAUUCAAUUCCUUUGUUGUUGUUUUUUUUUUUUUAUUCUUUUGUCUUUUUUUUUUUUUAACCUCCAUACUCUUAAAGAAAGACAGGGGGCGCACUGGAACUUCCUCCACAUUUUGCACGUCUGGCUCCAUGUCCUGCCUCAAAAGAAGACCCCACUGCCCACAUCUGCUGCUGCUGCUUCCACAGGAGCAAAUCCACGUCAGUAUUAAAAGAAAAGUGCCACCAGGGGGAGCCGUCCCGACCCCCUGACCUCCACCUUGGUGCACAGCGGCGCUCGGCUGCAGACCUGUUCCGCAUUAAACCACGAAAACAACUUUGCCCUUCGCUCAUUACAAAAUAUCCUAAAAAAAAAAAGAAAUAAUACUUGAAUCACACAUCUGUGUGAAAAAAGACAAACGUUCCGUUACUCACAAACCCAGAUUAGCGAAUAUAAAACAGAUGACUUCUUUUUAGUGUGCAGGGACUUGCUGAGUUAGAUGGGAUCAUUGUAAUAGUCUGAGAAGUUUUUUUUAUUCUUACCUUGAAGCACCGGUUCUUUGUAGGAUUUGCGGAUGUUUUGGGCGUUUAGGUGUGCAUGCUACUUGGACGUACAGCAGCUGUCUGCACAUAGCUUACUAAAAUAAAAGAAUAAAAAAGGAUAGGCCAACAGGUCCUAAUCAGCGCCAUCAAGAGCAGAGUUAAAGAUUGUAGCUCCAGUUUGUGCCUCUCAUCAGACACCCUGCAGAAAAACACAAUCCUUAAUAAUAUUUAGUGAAAACUCUCUUGACAUCUUGGAGAUCUGCUGCCAACUACAGGAAUAAACUUGCGUUUAUUAAAGAUGGACGUCUUACCCACGGUUCUUCAACAUGUCUACCGCAAACAGGUCAUCGGAGGCUCUGCUGGUGCUGCUAAUUCCCACAUUACACCCAGGACCUGAAGAUGUUUGAGAUUAACACUCAGUUUCUAGAUGGUCCCGUAUGUUAAGAAAUAGAUGUGAUGCACGAGGCAUGUAAGGGAAACGGUACACAAAGCUAGGCAUGGGUCUGGAGGAAACACAUGAGGUGUUAAAACCUCGAGUGAAAAUGCCACAGCUUCAAUAUACUUACACAAAAUGUAAAAUAUGUUUCAGUUGCUUUGACUCAAAACAGAGGAGCAAAAAUGAUUCCUUCUGAUGCUAAAAUAUCUGGACUAUUGAUGUUAUGGUGAUGCUGAAUUUGGUAGAAAUCGUUUUAAAGAGCUUAUUGCACAGAGCGUUAUAAGUGUUUUCAGUCCUACUCUUUAUAGAGUAACACAGAGUAUAAGCUGGUUAAUCUGUUUGGCUAGCUAGCCAAGCUCUUAGCUUGUUGGUCAUAGUUUCAAAAGCAUAAUGGUUUCAGUGACUGGGAAUAUUUCCAAAGAGACACCCGCCUUUAAUCCAGCUGACCGGCAGGUUGCAGCAAGACCCGGUGAAGGCGCAGUCUUUUGCUAGUCUGGUCCUCACAGGUGGAGAAAAACUCGUGUCACUCCUGCACUUUCUCUGGUAUCUCAUUAAAAAGACUUGAGGCUCGAUAAAAUGUUUCAUCCAUCCAUCCAUCCAUCCAUGAUCUACACCCUCUGGGCCUUAAGGAUUGGGGCUGGUGUCCAUCACCAGCCGGCACGGGCGAGACGAUUCUUUGUGACCCGAAUGUUGUCAAUGUAGAUCUGAGAGCAGCUCUGAUUUGUGUAUUUAAAGCUCUAAGGAUGCAGGUUGAUUCGUGGUAUAAAAACAGGGACAAAGAAAAACAUUUGCAGUUUAAUUUUCCCGAUAAAGUUACCUUGAACAAAAUCUGUCCAGAUAAACACUUCAGUGCGUUUUUCAUGUUGCGGCUGAUUGGGGUAAAAAUGUCCCUCCUCCCUUACAGCAACAGACCCUCCGGUUUGCUUCGUGUUUGCUAGCUGUUCGUUCUCCUUAAGCAGCGGUCACUUAUGAGAGGCACAAACCUGCUUCAGCAGACUCUCACAUCUCAUUUCUUGAUCGAGAAAAAAAAAAAAGUAAUCAUAUAUAACAUCACAAUUUCAUGGCACAACACACUCUUAUUUUUGAUGGUGUAAACUGUUACAAAAAAAAUCUCCCUUUUGGUUUUAGCGAACAUCUUCUUUAUCUGGAUGUUUUUUUUUCAUUAUUUUUAUUUUUUUAAUUUGCUGGCUGAAACCGAGGUGCCGAUUGUGGCCGUGCCCCGUCAGCCUGAGCAAUCUGGACCUCGCAGUCGACAAAUACGUUAGAUGAUCAGAAGGCAGGGUAGUGCCUUUUAUCUCCCAGACAUUUCUGAUUUAUAAACAAUCUAAUUUUAAAAACAGUAAAGCCCGAGAAGUGUGGAGAAAACUUUGCCUUAUUAAAGCCUGUGGAGCUUCUGUCCGAUUAUUUUAUAAUUUUUUUGUUUUGUUUAAGGAGAUCCACUGAUUUUUGCGAUAGAAACCAAAAGCAGGAAGCACAGUCGCAUCUUCCUUCUUGAUUUUAUUCUUUUUAGAAAGAGGCUAUCUUGUUCUUAACCUUAUUGUGAAGCUUCUGUUUUUUUUUUUUUUUUUUUUUAUAUUUAAGCCAAUUCUUUCCAAAUGUCUGUAACACUGAGAGGGGAAAACAUAUUAGGAUCAAUCCCUUUUUGAAACCUGCAUUUAAAAAUGCAUCUAAAGACAGCAGAAUACUUCUUUAAAGGAAAAAGUACAAUAGAUAAGGGUUAAAAAUGUCUGUAUACUGUAUUUUAGAAGUGAGAUACUGUAUUACUAGUGUUACUGUGUACAUGGAGAUGGAGUCUGUAGAUAAAAACUUGACUGAUCUUUCAUACUUGACGGCAUUUCUUUCUGCAUUGCUUGUUAAAUUUAAGUCUCAUGAAAAAGGACAGGGAACAUGGACAGGAACAAUGUGCACUUUCCCAAUAUCAUUUGAUGUAUGUGUGUGUGUGUGUCCCUGAGAGAGAGAGAGAGUGUGUGUGUGUGUCUAACAGUGAUAUUUGGCUUCUAUGGUGCAACAAGGUUCAUCUUUUGUAAGAAUCCCAAAAUAUAGUUUUUUUUUUUUUAUUCUUUUUCUAAAUGUCGCCUCCACUGUAUUUUUACUCUCUCCUUCCACAUUUGGGAUUUAAUAUAUUUUUUAGGGGUUUCAUUGACAUCCCUCCACCCUCCCCGCUGCAUUUUUCAUCUGGAGCUGCACAACCUCUGCAAACAGAUUCCUGAGCAGCGACACGACCGCAGACCACUUUUUCACCGAGGACAUGUACACGAGCCAGUCAUUUGGUUACUCAUGGAUAACUGUGUGAUAAUUGCUUUGUCGCUCUACUGUUUCACUCCAACGACUUUUAAUAAAGUUUUAUAAUUUCA